AACACUGAUCGGUAGUGCUGUCAUUUUCGCAAAAAGUAAACAGUGUUUCUUGUGUUUUUCUUUGAUUUUUGAGAGUUUAAAAGUAACAAAAAGUCCAGAAAAUAUGCCUAAAAAAUCAAAGAAAUCAAAACAUCGUAGCCGUAGGGAUGAUUCAAGCGAUUCAGGAAGUUCAAGUGAUUAUAGAAGAUCAGACAAGAGGAAACACGCAAAGAAGAAAAAGAAGUCCCGCAGGAGAUCCAGCUCCUCCUCCUCCAGUGAAGAAGACUCAACUAAAAAAUCUUUUGAACUCAUGAAGAGGUUAGAAGCACGACGUCAGCAGGAGAUUUUGGAUCGAAAACGUUUACGAGAAGAGAUGAAGGCCAAUGAGACUCCGGAGGAAAAACGUGCUCGGAGGCUAUUUGAAAAGCAACAGAAGGAGCAGAAGCGAAGGGAGAGAAUGGGCUGGGAUAAGGAAUAUCAACACUAUACGAAUCAGGAUAAUCCCUUCGGAGAUUCCCAUCUAACUUCGACUUUUGUGUGGUCGAAGAAGCUGGAAAAGGAGGGUUUAAAGGAUGCCACAGCUGAACAGCUUGAGGCACUGAAUAGGCACAAGCAGCUGGAGAAUAAGAUUGAACUUGAGAAAGUGAAAAAGCGAAGGCAGGAGAGAGAAUUGGAGCGUCAGAAGCGCGAAGAAGAGCAAAAUAUGAUGCAGAGAUCGAGAGAAGCGGCUCAGUUUGAGGAAUGGGAGCGUCAGGAAGAUCAGUUUCACUUAGAGCAGGCACGUCUGAGGAGUAAAAUAAGAAUUCAGGAUGGCAGAGCAAAGCCCAUUGAUCUCCUGGCGCAGUACAUUUCCGAAAAGAAUCUGGAUGAUUGCCUAGAGAUGCAGAUGCAUGAGCCCUACACUUAUCUCAAUGGACUGGGAAUCAAGGAUCUGGAAGAUCUCACGGCAGACAUUAAGGUAUACAUGGAGCUGGAGAAAUCUAAAAAUUCUGAAUAUUGGGAAGAUUUGACCAUCAUUGUGGAAGAUGAAUUGAGAAAGCUUCAGAAGGUCCAGAAUGCUGAGUAUCAGGCGACUCUGGGACGUCGAGAGGGAAUUCAUCAGACUGUGGCUAAGGAUGUGGGCGAGAUCUUUCGUGGGAAGACCACUCUGCAGCUGGAGGAGCUGAAGAAGAAAAUUGAAAAUAAAAUUUCCGGACAGAGUGAUGGAGUUGAUGUUGGAUAUUGGGAGAGUUUGCUGUCCCAGCUGAAGGCUCACAUGGCCAGAUCGAGGCUUCGGGAUCGUCAUCAAGAGAAUCUGAAGCACAAAUUGGAACUACUGCGCCAGGAACAGUCGCAAAUAGCUGACGAGGAAAUCAAGAAGGAGCCAAAAUAUUCACCAGAACCCAGCACAAGUAGAUCUGUGGAGGAAGAAUCUUCCACCACCCAAGAAUCAUCUCAGGAAGAAGAAGGCCCCGAAGAGUCCAGCAUAGUGGAAGAAAGUAUUGGACUCUACCUCAAAGGCAACUACAGCCCUCCUUAUAUCCGGGAAGAUGAUCUUGAGCCAGGAACUCUGGUGAUAUCCGGUGAUGAUGACUUUGCUAAGCUCGAGUACCUCCGGAAUCAAAUGAUGGGACGCGAGGAAGAAGAUCCAGAAGCCUCGCAUGAAGAUCUUCGAAUGCAAAAGGAAGCUCGCAAGGGAAUGAAUGACGAUGAAGCUGAAUUCGCAGUGGAAUCCAAACUAGAUGCCCAGAUUUAUCUCUGGUCGGACAAAUACCGUCCCCGUAAGCCCAGGUACUUUAACCGGGUACACACAGGUUUUGAGUGGAACAAAUACAAUCAGACUCACUACGAUCUGGAGAAUCCUCCGCCAAAAAUUGUUCAGGGAUACAAAUUCAACAUCUUCUAUCCUGAUCUCAUUGACAAAAACAAAACACCCAAGUACUUCCUGACACCGUGUGCAGAUAACAGAGACUUCGCCACGCUGAGAUUCCAAGCGGGACCUCCGUACGAGGAUAUCGCCUUCAAGAUUGUCAACAGGGAUUGGGAGUUCAGCUACAAAAGAGGAUUCCGGUGCCAAUUUCACAAUAACAUCUUUCAGUUGUGGUUCCACUUCAAGAGAUACCGCUACAGGCGGUAAAUUUUUUUUUUGGUUUUCAUAGAGAGGAAAUAUGUAAUCAAUAUUUCUUUGAGGGAUGAUAAAAAAAAAACAUUUUAGCAA